AUGCACAGCCAGAUUCGCAUCACGGAUGCCCUAUCAUCGACCGAAUUCUCCAAGUCGUCAUACAUCGUGUAUGUGAUAUCGUCCCCGGGCCACGAGGCCAAGCGACGAUACUCGGACUUUGAGGCGCUGCGCGAGGCCCUGGAAAAACUGCAUCCCACGCUCAUCAUCCCCCCGAUCCCAUCCAAACACAGCCUCCUCGACUACGCCACAAACCCAGUCCGCGCCAAAAACGACCCCGCCCUCAUUGCGCGCCGCAAACGCAUGCUCGAGCGCUUCCUCCAGCGCCUCGACACGCACCCCGUCCUGAGCAUCGACGUCGUGUUCCGCCGCUUCCUCGAGGCGCGGUAUUCUUGGCACGAAAUCGCUCACACGCCCCCGCUCUCCACCCUGCCCAAGAGCAACCUCAAUGCCCCGCCACAGCACCCCUCGCAUCCCGACGCCCCCGCCUGCUACGCCUUCCUGCCUACGCCCACCGCGCCCAGCAAGCUACAUACACCCGACGCUCACUUCCUAGACGCCGAGGGAUUCACACACCGCUUCGAAAGCUUCAUGGCCUCCACGAUGGAGCCAUCGAAUCGGCGUCUCGUGCACAGAUGGCGCGACAUCGCCGCCGACUACGCCGACUUGGGCGCCUUGCUCAACGCACAGAGCCUCGCCGAGCAGACACAGCUCGCACCCGCGAUCGAAAGCACCGGGAAAGCAGCCGACACAACGUACGUCGCCCUCUCCGACAUGCUGCACGAUUGGGACGCUCACGUAUCCGAGCCCAUCCACGAGUAUACCCAGUAUGCCUCCAUCCUCAGCCGCCUCCUUCGGUGGCGUCAUCUCAAGCACCAACAGUACGAAAUGGCCCAAGACAUGCUCGAGUCCAAGAGCCAGCACCUCGCAGAAUGCGAGCGCGAAGAGGCCCAGGCCGCUCGGCUCAGCAAAGCACUCGAGACGGGCGGCACCAGCCUGCUCGACAAGCGGCGCACGCAGGCGCCCAUGUCGUCCGUGUACGGCCGAGCAGCUGAGUCGGACGCGGAAGACGAAGUGCCAAGCCCAGCCGAAGCCACAGAACCCAGCACCGACGAUGACCUCACGUCCAUGUGGGCUCGCAAAGCUGCCUCGCCUCAUACGCCGCCUGCCGCCCCGCCGCAGCGCGGCUUCUUGGGCUCCCUCACGAACCGCUUUGCCCACGUCGUCGAUCUCGAUCCCAACAGGACACGCCAAAACGCCAUCUCGCGCUUGCGCGAAGAGGUCCUCCAUCUACAGGAAGCUAUCGAAUACACGGCCCAGGACCUCGCAUACACGAACAAGACGAUCCAGGCAUCUCUUGAUCGGUUCCAGCGCAUCAAGGUGCAAGACAUCAAGCAGCUCAUGCUCGAUCUUGCACGCAUGCAGCGUGCCUACUGCUCCAAGAGCCUCGAUGCAUGGCGCGAAGCGCGCGAUCAGAUCGAGCACAUCGACGACGCCACUUGGGAGCACAUGCCCGCGGCGCGUCUCUCUGCCUCCACCCACGAUCGAACUUGA